CUCGGAGUCACAGUUCACGGUGACUUGUGAGGGCAUUUUCCACUUGGCAGCGUGGCGGCCAGGGCUGUUCAGAGCGCAGAUGGCAAGUGGACCAAACUGGAAGACUGACAUGAAGCUGCAGAAGUUGCAUGAAACACUCCUCACGGCUUUGGCAAAACAACCAGGCAAUGAGAGGUGUGCUGACUGCGGCGGCCGAUUCACAAGGUUCGCUUCCAUAUCAUUAGGGGUGUUCUUAUGUAACAGGUGUUAUGGUCUGCAUCGAAAAGUAGGUGCACAUGUGACCAGGACAAAAUGCAUAGGCCUGGAUGCGUGGUCACCAGAGGAAGUAGAGAAAAUGAAACGAAUAGGAAAUGUUCGGGCCAACGCUCACUGGGAAGGCAACAUACCGACCGGAUGGCAGAAGGUUCGACCAGACUCGUCCGAUGAGGCUGUGGAGGCUUGGAUCCGGAAGAAGUACGAGCACAGACUAUUUGUCAAUGCUUCGAAGGACCAAGCAUCGGUAUAUGUGCAGGGAGCGAUUCCCAUCGUGGGAAUAGGGCAAGAAAGAUCACCAAUCCCUCCCUCAAGUGCGCGAAAGGGCUCCGAAAUUGGAGACGUGGGAUCGCAGACAACAGUGGACGAUAGCUUUGCUUUGGCCCCAAAGUACAAAAGCCGGGCGGUGGAUCUCAAUAUACCGUCACUGAGUUCGGAAUUGCCGAAGAUACGAACUAAUCACAUGGUUUCUGCUGAUGAACAUAAGAUAGACCCUUUUGCCGACCUUGAAGAACAAUUUGGGGAAUUUCAAAGUGCUCACAAAUCGUGCACAUGAAGGUGGAUCGCCUGAGGAUUAUAUGCUCCACAUACCUGUGCCAAUCUGAUCUGGUCAGAAAAAUUGGAGUGGUCUAUUGCAUUCGAUUUUCUAGGUCAAACGAGCUAGGCGUCACUGCGAUCCAGAUACUAGAACAAUUUGUCACUUGUCUUCAGAGAUCAGGUAAGGACUGCCACGUUGGUCAAACCGAAAUCAGGCUCUGUACACCGCACAACUGGUAUAGGUAGGCCGCAGGAGACCGCAAUGUAACUGGAUGCGCCCAAAACCUGUGUCAUAAGUACAUUCGACCUACGCUUGAAAAUGCUACAUAUGCUGCAGGGACCCUUGGACUGAUUGUCAAUGCUUUGCAAAAUGGAUGGUUCGUAAGGCGUGCU